ACGUCAUCACAAACAAACAAACAUGGCGCCGCGCUGCACCGGCUCCGCGUUUCUGGCCGUCUUUGCGCCGAUCGCGGCUCUUUUGGUUGUGUUUUACGCAGCGGGCUCGCCUGUGACCUGGCGGACGGUGUCUCUGGCUGUUGUAACCGUGCUGGCGUCGCUGUGGCUGCGGAGGCUGCGGCGGCGGGACGCCGGGACUGACCGCCGGGUGUGUGUGCUGGUGUUGGGGGACAUCGGUCGCAGCCCUCGGAUGCAGUAUCACGCCUUGUCCCUCAGCAAACACGGAUUCAGCGUCACUUUUGUCGGGUUUUUGGAUACCAAACCUCAUCAAGACGUGCUGAGAGAGGAGAAAAUAAUGAUCGUCCCCAUCACAGAAGUGAGAGGUGUUCGAGUGGGACCAAAGAUCCUCACUUAUGUGACGAAGGUGAUCCUUCAGUGUCUGCAGCUUCUCCAUGUGCUGCUGAAGACGGAGACUCAGUCUCAUAUUCUAAUGCAGAAUCCCCCGGGCUUGCCCAGCAUCGCGGUAGCUUGGCUCGUGUGCGUCCUGCGAGGCAGCAGAUUCGUCAUCGACUGGCACAACUACGGCUACACCGUCAUGGCCCUGAGCCACGGCCCGAGGCACCCGGUGGUCCAACUGGCAAAGUGGUAUGAACACUUCUUCGGGCCGCUGGCCACUCACAACCUUUGUGUUACCAACGCAAUGAAGGACGACUUGCAGAAAAACUGGGGCAUCAGGGCGACGACUCUGUACGACAGACCAGCCUCCAUCUUCAGAGAAACGCCACUGAAGCUGCAGCACCAGCUGUUCAUGAGACUGGCCAACACGCAUCCUCAGUUCCAGAGCAAAGGGUCUGAGGACGUGAACGUGGAGAGGACCGUCUUCUCGGUUUGUGACCUCACUGAUGACACAGUGACCUUGAGGGCGGAGCGACCGGCGCUGCUGCUGAGCAGCACCAGCUGGACAGAGGAUGAAGAUUUCUCCAUCUUACUGAGGGCUCUUGAAGAGUACGAAGGUUUCGUUAAAGGAGGAGCCUCCCUGCCGUCUUUAGUCUGUGUGAUCACAGGUAAAGGUCCUCAGAAGGAACACUACAGGAAGCUGAUCGACUCCCUGCACUUAGACCACGUGACCAUCUGCACUCCCUGGUUGGAGGCAGAAGACUAUCCCGUCUUACUGGGUAAGACUGAUAUUGGCGUUUGUCUCCACAAGUCGUCCAGCGGUCUGGACCUGCCCAUGAAGGUGGUGGACAUGUUCGGCUGCUGCCUGCCCGUCUGCGCCAUCCACUUCAACUGCUUGAGCGAGCUGGUGAAGCACGAGGAGAACGGGCUGAUCUUCAGAGACUCGCAGGAGCUCGCCGAGCAGCUCAAGUCUCUCCUGUCAGGGUUUCCCAGCUCGGAGGGCAGACUGGCAGUGUUCAGGAGGAACCUCCGCACCAGCAGAGGGCAGCGCUGGGACGAUAACUGGAACCAGAACGUGCUGCCUCUGCUCACUGCUCCCUGAGAGACCAGAGUGGGCUUUUUAAUGGCCUAUACCAAUAUUUUCAGACCACAAUGCAUCUAAAGUUUUACGCCAACUUUUGCCUGGAUGAUUUUCAGUGCGGUGUUGAAAACAAACGACACAGAUGGGGAUGAAUGGCAGAGAAGUCAUGCAAGAAUAGUUUGGGAUGAAGGAAAGUCUUUUGUUUUAAUGUCAUGUAGCAUGAAAAUAGAGGAUCAGCGCAGACGGGAUGAUGAGAGUGAAACAUGAAGCGUCGCAUCUCAUCUGAGCCCGUUAAACUUUAAGAAAAUAAAAUGCAGGCUUGUCUAAACUCUCCACCCGCUGAAAAGAACUCUUCAUUCCUACUUCAGAGAACUUGAAUGUAUAAAAA